UCUGAGAGAAGAACAGAUUUUCUUUGCAAACUUAACUAAUGUCUUGGGGAAAAAACAGAAAGAAUGAACUAAUGAGAUGUACUCGAAAUUAAAGAUAAAGUGAAAAAGUCCCAAUUCAGUAAUGCACUAGGCUCCCUAUUCUGGCUUUAUGUGAACCUUUUUAUUAUAUAAUGAUUUAGUUGGAUAUGAUGUUGGCUAUGCAUGACUCUGCCAUUUUCUUUUGGUGGUUCUACUAUAUUAUAUUUUGCAUCUCCUAUAAAAUGUAGCAUUCCGAACCAUUUGGCAUGCCAGGAACUUUUCAUUCCAAUGGAUGAGGCACUGUACCAAAAAUCUACCAACUUAAAUCUCCUUUCAACUGGAAGGAAUGGAACAGAUAAUGUCUGUUGCAAAACUACUACUUCAGAUAAAAAGCUUAGAAUUUUUGGCUUUGAGGUAAAUCCUUGUUCAAAAUCUGAAAGUGACGAGAGUAUUAGUUCCUCUGAAACAUUUGCAGAUGAAAGACUAGUGGAAAAAACUUCCAUCUGCAUGAAUUCCUCUAGCAUAGUUCUUCCCAACCCAAAUGAAAACCUCAGAAACUUGAGCUCCUCAGUUGUCAGUGAGUUUAAAUAUGAGUGCCACUUCUGUUUAAAGAAGUUUACUAACUCACGGGCACUGGGAGGUCACCAGAAUGCCCAUCGAAAAGAGAGGCUGAAGAAGAAAAGAAUGGAUCUUGAAGCAAAAAGAGCUAGCUCCAUGCUCCAUCUUUAUUCUUUAAUCAGAAACACUGGAGUUAUAUACCCUUACUAUUCUCUAAGUCAUCAAAACCUCUUUGUUUCUGGAAGUUCAACCAUCAAUUUCAGCUCCGUAUAUCACUAUCAGAACAGCACUCAUCCCCUAUAUGUUGCUGUUGAUGCUCAUCCCCAAGGUGAACUACAAUUGCAGAAUAACUGUUCUACCUCGGUGCAGGGUGGUGAGUCUAGAGGGAGAGACCUGUUGUCAUGAGCGUUAAGUACUUUUGCUGGAAAAUUUCUGUCAUCUAAACAUAGGUGCUAUUAUCCCUGGAAACGAAUUGCGUUAUUUAUUUCACUUAUCAGACAAGGAAGGAUAUAUCAGCUAUUUCGACUAAUACUGUCUAUUUGAAUAUCUCCAGUUUUGGAUCUAAUAUGUUCUUAAUUAUAUUUAGAGCAUGUUUGGAUGAACUUAUAAGUUGAAGCCAUAAAUUAGGAUUUCUAACUUGUGGCUUAUUUUUGUUAUUUUGGCUUAAAAUAAGUACU